AUGGCUGGUGGACAGGUGAAAUGUUUGUCUGUGAUUGGAUUCAGUCUUAUCUGCCUUAAAAUGGUUGCUUCAACAAAAACAGCUCCCAAAAUACCCACUAUCUAUCAGGCGUAUUCAAAACUCAGCAACAGUAUCACUGUGGAAUGGGCUACAGUGCCAGGGGCCACCGGUUACCUCCUCACGGCCAGAGACAGGAACGCUGUCAUUGAAACCGUGGUGGCCAGUUCCCCAGGCACUGUGACGGGCCUGAAGGCUGCAACCUUGUACCAAAUCACCAUCAGAUCCAUCAGUCCUGCUGGGAGAAGCCAGGCAUCGCCUCCAAAACAGGCAAAGACAGUGCUGGCUGCACCAAUUCUACAAGUAAGCUCUCCAAGUCCAGACUCUAUUCUUGUGCAGUGGGAAACCGUAUAUAUGGCAACUGGAUUUUCUGUGUCCAUUAUGCGAGCUAAUGGUUUGGGGAGAAUAUGGAAAGAAAAUACCACCAACACCUCCUUGACAUUCACCAGUUUAGACGCUGGGACUCUCUACACCAUAAAGGCCUAUGCGUGGAAUGCCAGCGGAACACCUGGGGAUGACUCCACCUGCAAUCAGAGAACAGGUCCUCGUGCUCCUGCCAACAUUCAAGUCUCUUUUGAUAGUGGUUCUCUGGAGGCAUAUGUUUCAUGGGCACCGACAGAAGGAGCUUUCAACUAUACCGUGAUGGCUUUGAGUGACUCUUCCAGGCUGAGCUGUAGUACGACUUUCAGUUCCUGCACCAUCUCCUCUCUCCAGUGUGGAACCGAGUACCUGAUAUCAGUUUUAGCAACUAAUGAUGCCGGAUCUAGCAGAUCAAUUUCAGCAGUGACCCUGAGAACUGUUGCUUGUGCACCUGGAAGGGUGACAAUCCAAGAAGAUCCCCCUGGCCACCUGUCUGUGGUUUGGUCCAGCGUGCAUCUGGGUGAUUACUAUGUGGCCUUUGUGAAGAAUGACGAUGGCUUGGAAGUACACUGCAACACCUCCCUCACCCAGUGCAAUUUCUUAUCUGAGUGUGGCUUCACUUACUUUAUUAGUGUUUUUGCCUAUAACAAGGCAGGACAGAGUCCUUUGGGCGAUGUGUUUAAUUAUACCACAGCCCCCUGUUGUCCUGGUGACAUCAACCCUGUGUUGGUGUCCAGUGACAGAGUAGAGAUCGUCUGGUCUCCUGUCCGUGGUGCAGAACUUUAUGAAACCAAGGCUGUAGAUGGGUUCAGCGUGGUUGAAUGCAAUGACACUGUUCCGGCUUGCACCCUUUCUGCUCUAGAGUGUGACACCAAGUACAACAUCACGGUGUAUUCCUUCAGUGAAGUCCGGGGCAGCAAUACAUCGUGUACUUCCCGAUUUAUAACCACAGCUCCUUGCAGUCCUGAAAUCAAAAAUGUUUCGAAGGAUGCCUUUUCCAUGAUUAACGUGUACUGGCGAUCCACUAAUGAUGAGGCCACUUACACGGUGACUGCCCAGGGAGAGAAAGGGCUGCACCGGUGCAGCAGCACGGGAGAGUCCUGCACCUUGUGGGGCUUGCCCUGCGGCUCAGUGUUCUCCGUCACCGCUGUGGCUGAAACACCAGCAGGACGGAGCCUGCCCAGCUACAGUGUGCCCUUAGAAACGGUGCCGUGCUGCCCAGCCAGUCUGACAGUAACUCAGGUCACACAAUCGGUAAUCAACGUGAGCUGGACUGUUGGGACCGGCGCCCAAACCUAUGUGACAGCUCUGGAGUCACACACUGGACAGUCUAAGUGUCACACCCGUCAAAACCACUGCCUCCUGGGAUGCGUCACAUGCGGCAUCAAUUACGCAGUGGCAUUAAAAGCAAUUAGUGCCACUGGGUUGACUGCGGACUGUGGCUACCAAAGUUAUUCCUCGAGUUCCUGCUGCCCUUUGGGGGUGAAAUUAUAUAGGCUGGUCCCUAAUGGUAUCCGGAUCUACUGGCAGGCCUCCAGGGGCUCUGCCAAUUACAGCACUGACCUCUAUGGUUCCAAAGGCAUUUUCACGUGUGCCCCAAGCGCUGGCCUCAGUUUCUGUGAUAUCACCGAGAUACCCUGCGGGGAUGUAUAUACCGUGAUGGUCUCCCCCGUUGCUGAGACAGGACUGAAGCUUACUUUCUGUCCAAAAAAAAUAUAUUCAGUAACCUGUUCUGGAAAUACACUUGGAAUGGUGAUUUACAGAGGGAAGAGAAAUGCGACAUACUAUGGACUUCAGCACACCCACUUCAUAAGCAUUUCAUCGACCCCAGCACUUGCCGUGUGGCCCUCUAGCCAUUCAAGGGUUGGACACGUCCACCCUCAGAGAAGUCGAAAUCAAGCCACCACACAUAGACAGCGCUCACCCAAGACGAACCUCCACCAGGACUUUGGCCAAGAUGGUAUUAGCUCACAACCCGUCGGUACGCUUUCGCUUUCUGACGUCCCAGGACGUCGAAAUUCGGUUGACAGCCUCCCGCUAGAGGGCGCGCAACUGCCCACGGAGAUUCCACCCGCACUGCGCAGCCUCAGUCCAGGGGUGGGCGGGAAUCUCCUUACGGACGCCCGUGACGUCACCGGAGGGCGCGGCCCGUGGGUGUGGGCGGGGCCUUCCCCUCAGCGACGGGCGGGGCCCGGCCGAACCCCCUCUAACAGCUGA